CGCUCCCCACGUGGCCGCUGACGGGCGGGGCGGCACCUCCUCUUCCUCCCGCCCGCCCCGCCCGCCCCGCGCCCGCCAGGAGCCACCGUCCGAGCUUUGCGGAGCGCCGCAGUGGGCACCGGCUGCCCGCAGCCCCUGACCCGGCCCCGGACGGAGCGCCGGCCGCACCACCGCCCUCUGGCCGUUGCCUCACCGGCUCGGCAAGAUGUCGGUGAAGGAGGGCGCACAGCGCAAGUGGGCAGCGCUGAAGGAGAAGCUGGGGCCACAGGAUUCGGACCCCACGGAGGCCAACCUGGAGAGCGCGGACCCUGAGCUGUGCAUCCGGCUGCUCCAGAUGCCCUCUGUGGUCAACUACUCCGGCCUGCGCAAGCGCCUGGAGGGCAGCGACGGCGGCUGGAUGGUGCAGUUCCUGGAGCAGAGCGGCCUGGACCUGCUGCUCGAGGCGCUGGCGCGGCUGUCGGGCCGCGGCGUCGCACGCAUCUCGGACGCCCUGCUGCAGCUCACCUGUGUCAGCUGCGUGCGCGCCGUCAUGAACUCGCGGCAGGGCAUCGAGUACAUCCUCAGCAACCAGGGCUACGUGCGCCAGCUCUCCCAGGCCCUGGACACAUCCAACGUGAUGGUGAAGAAGCAGGUGUUUGAGCUACUGGCCGCCCUGUGCAUCUACUCUCCCGAGGGCCACGCACUGACCCUGGACGCCCUGGACCACUACAAGACGGUGUGCAGCCAGCAGUACCGCUUCAGCAUUGUCAUGAACGAGCUCUCCGGCAGCGACAACGUGCCCUACGUGGUCACCCUGCUUAGCGUGAUCAACGCCGUCAUCCUGGGCCCCGAGGACCUGCGCACGCGCACCCAGCUGCGGAACGAGUUUAUUGGGCUGCAGCUGCUGGACGUCCUGGCUCGCCUGCGAGACCUGGAGGACGCCGACCUGCUGAUCCAGCUGGAGGCCUUCGAGGAGGCUAAAGCCGAGGACGAGGAGGAGCUGCUGCGAGUCUCUGGCGGGGUCGACAUGAGCAGCCACCAGGAGGUCUUUGCCUCCCUGUUCCACAAGGUGAGCUGCUCCCCGGUGUCUGCCCAGCUCCUGUCGGUGCUGCAGGGCCUCUUGCACCUGGAGCCCACCCUCCGCUCCAGCCAGCUGCUCUGGGAGGCCCUGGAGAGCCUCGUGAACCGGGCCGUGCUCCUGGCCAGCGAUGCUCAGGAAUGCACCCUGGAGGAAGUGGUUGAGCGGCUCCUGUCUGUCAAGGGGCGACCCAGACCGAGCCCCCUGGUCAAGGCCCAUAAAAGCGUCCAAGCCAACCUAGACCAGAGCCAGAGGGGCAGCUCCCCGCAAAACACUACAACCCCCAAGCCCAGCGUGGAGGGCCAGCAGCCAGCAGCAGCUGCUGCCUGCGAGCCCGUGGACCACACCCAGAGUGAGAGCAUCCUGAAAGUUUCACAGCCCAGAGCCCUGGAGCAGCAGGCGUCCACCCCACCCCCACCCCCACCCCUGCUCCCUGGUUCCAGUGCCGCGCCCCCUCCCCCUCCCCCACCACCCCCCCUGCCCAGUGUGGGGGCUAAGGCCCUCCCAACAGCACCGCCACCCCCACCCCUGCCAGGCCUGGGGGCCAUGGCCCCCCCAGCACCUCCUCUACCACCACCCCUGCCAGGCUCCUGUGAGUUCCUGCCCCCACCACCUCCACCACUCCCGGGCAUGGGAUGCCCGCCCCCACCCCCACCCCUGCUGCCUGGUAUGGGCUGGGGCCCUCCUCCACCCCCACCUCCACUACUGCCCUGCACCUGCAGCCGCCCUGUGGCAGGAGGCAUGGAGGAGGUCAUCGUGGCCCAGGUAGACCACGGCUUGGGCUCAGCAUGGGUCCCCAGCCAUCGGCGGGUGAACCCACCCACACUGCGCAUGAAGAAACUGAACUGGCAGAAGCUGCCAUCCAACGUGGCACGUGAGCACAACUCUAUGUGGGCGUCCCUGAGCAGCCCCGACGCCGAGGCUGUGGAGCCCGACUUCUCCAGCAUCGAGCGGCUGUUCUCAUUCCCUGCAGCCAAGCCCAAGGAGCCCACCGCAGCGGCCACCCGAGCCAGGAAGGAGCCCAAGGAGAUCACUUUCCUCGAUGCCAAGAAGAGCCUGAACCUCAACAUCUUCCUGAAGCAAUUUAAGUGCUCCAACGAGGAGGUCGCUGCUAUGAUCCGGGCCGGGGAUACCACCAAGUUUGAUGUGGAGGUUCUCAAACAACUCCUUAAGCUCCUUCCGGAGAAGCACGAGAUUGAAAACCUGCGGGCAUUCACAGAGGAGCGAGCCAAGCUGGCCAGCGCCGACCACUUCUACCUCCUCCUGCUGGCCAUUCCCUGCUACCAGCUGCGAAUCGAGUGCAUGCUGCUGUGUGAGGGCGCGGCCGCCGUGCUGGACAUGGUGCGGCCCAAGGCCCAGCUGGUGCUGGCUGCCUGCGAAAGCCUGCUCACCAGCCGCCAGCUGCCCAUCUUCUGCCAGCUGAUCCUGAGAAUUGGGAACUUCCUCAACUACGGCAGCCACACCGGUGACGCCGACGGCUUCAAGAUCAGCACAUUGCUGAAGCUCACGGAGACCAAGUCCCAGCAGAACCGCGUGACGCUGCUGCACCACGUGCUGGAGGAAGCGGAAAAGAGCCACCCCGACCUCCUGCAGCUGCCCCGGGACCUGGAGCAGCCCUCGCAAGCAGCAGGGAUCAACCUGGAGAUCAUCCGCUCAGAGGCCAGCUCCAACCUGAAGAAGCUUCUGGAGACCGAGCGGAAGGUGUCUGCCUCCGUGGCCGAGGUCCAGGAGCAGUACACCGAGCGCCUCCAGGCCAGCAUCUCGGCCUUCCGGGCACUGGACGAGCUGUUUGACGCCAUCGAGCAGAAGCAGCGGGAGCUGGCUGACUACCUGUGUGAGGACACCCAGCAGCUGUCCCUGGAGGACACAUUCAGCACCAUGAAGGCUUUCCGGGACCUAUUCCUCCGCGCCCUGAAGGAGAACAAGGACCGGAAGGAGCAGGCGGCGAAGGCAGAGAGGAGGAAGCAGCAGCUGGCGGAGGAGGAGGCGCGGCGGCCUCGGGGAGAGGACGGGAAGCCUGUCAGGAAGGGGCCCGGGAAGCAAGAGGAGGUGUGUGUCAUCGAUGCUCUGCUGGCCGACAUCAGGAAGGGCUUCCAGCUGCGGAAGACGGCCCGGGGCCGCGGGGACACCGAAGGGGGCAGCAGGGCAGCCUCCAUGGAUCCCCCAAGAGCCACAGAGCCUGUGGCCACCAGUAACCCUGCAGGAGACUCCGUGGGCGGCACACGCUGUCCUGCCUCUGAGCCCAGCCUUGAUGCUACAAUGGCCAUCGAGUCCCAGGGCUGGGACCUUGUAGACGCCGUGACCCCUGGCCCUCAGCCCACCCUGGAGCAGUCGGAAGAGGGUGGUCCCCGGCCCCUGGAGAGGCGUUCUUCCUGGUAUGUGGAUGCCAGCGAUGUCCUAACCACUGAGGAUCCCCAGUGCCCCCAGCCCUUGGAGGGGGCCUGGCCGGUGACUCUGGGAGAUGCUCAGGCCCUGAAGCCCCUCAAGUUCUCCAGCAACCAGCCCCCUGCAGCCGGAAGUUCAAGGCAAGAUGCCAAGGAUCCCACGUCCUUGCUGGGCGUCCUCCAGGCCGAAGCCGACAGCACGAGUGAGGGGCUGGAGGACGCUGUCCAUAGCCGUGGUGCCAGACCUCCUGCAGCAGGCCCAGGUGGGGAUGAGGACGAGGACGAGGAGGACACGGCCCCAGAGUCCGCACUGGACACAUCCCUGGACAAGUCCUUCUCCGAGGAUGCGGUGACCGACUCCUCGGGGUCGGGCACACUCCCCAGGGCCCGGGGCCGGGCCUCAAAGGGGACCGGCAAGCGAAGGAAGAAGCGUCCCUCCAGGAGCCAGGAAGAGGUUCCCCCUGAUUCUGAUGAUAAUAAAACAAAGAAACUGUGUGUGAUCCAGUAAGUUCCAGUAACCCUGUGGCUUUCCUGCUCUGUCUGUCGGUGGAGGGAUAUCUUCACUCUGAGUAUGUCAAUGGCGUGGGGCCUCCUGGGGCAUGUCCCCAGGAAGUCUGUGAGGAGACCGGGACAGUCGCAAGGGCAGAUGCUGCCAGGGACAAGCACACUGCAACCCCCCUCCUGUUGGACAGUGUCCUCCCACCCCGAGGCCAUGGGUGGGUCUGUGGAGAAGCAGAUUACCCCCAGCACACCGCAUCUUCUGGGGGGCCCCCAGCCCAAAGGUCAGUCAGCCAGGUCCGUCCACAUGGCUGGAGAGGCUGAUGCAUCCAGCUAGACAGACCAGCCUGCACUGGGUGGAGGAGGGGCUACAGCAGAGAACCAGAAGGUCCAGCCUGGCCAGUCGUGAGCUCUGUGAGCCCAGGUCGUGGCGUCUUCCAGCACCUCCAGCCUUGCUCAGAGCCAGCCCGGUGUCCGUGUAUCACAGAUAUGCUGACCGUUGGGCCUGGGGCUUAGGCUCAAGGUGCACACAUGAGGUCUGCUGGUGCCCGUCAGAGCCAAGAGCAGUCGUGAGCCCGGAGAAGCUUCUCCGGACAGCUUGUCCUCGCUGUUGGGGCACGGCCUUCACCCUGGGUUCCAGCUUUUGCUUCCAGGGUCAUCUUCCGAGUGUGGCUCUCUGGUGUGAAGCACCCACGUGUACUUUUUAGAAAGGUGCUGGCAUCUAUCUCCCUUAGAGGCUGGAACUUGGACUUGCUGGCCCUGAGUGUGAGGAACAGUGGAGCAUGCAGGCCUGGGGCGGGCGGCCACAUCUGACAAUGGUCCAGUGAAAGAUGGACGUGCCCAGUGCCAGCUCCACGCUCCACCCGGUUCCCUCCUGAACCUGCUACACGUGCUUAGCUUCCACCCGCCCCAGCUCCUGCCAUGCAGGCAGCUGAGGGCAAGAGGAAGGAAUCCUCUUCUCUCCCCAACUUUUUAUUUAUUUAUUUUUUUUUCAAGACGGAGUCUCACUGUUGCCCAGGCUGGAGUACAGUGGUGCGAUCUGAGCUCACGGCAACCUCCACCUUCCAGGUUCAAGUGAUUCUCCUGCCUCAGCCUCCCGAGUAGCUGGGACCACAGGCACGCGCCACCACGCAUGGCUAAUUUUUUGUAUUUUUAGCAGAGACAGGGUUUCACCAUGUUGGCCAGGCUGGUCUCAAACUCCUGACCUCAGGUGAUCCACCCGCCUUGGCCUCCCAAAGUGCUGGGAUUACAGGCAUGAGCCACCGUGUCCAGCCCCCAGCUUUUUAUUUAGAAAAUCUUCAACACCACAGGAAAUUGCAUAGAGAUCAGAAUGAACAACACCUUCUCCCCAAAAUUACAACCAUUUGCCAAAAAUACCAAAAUUGUGACCAUUUUGCUACAUUGCCCCCCUCCAACUGAGCCAUCUGAGAGUCUCUUAUAAACAUCAUGGCACUGGAGCCCUAAACUCGCCCACAGACACCUGAGGGCACAGCCAUCCUCCCCAGUCCCCCCCACGCCGGGCAGGGUGCGCUGCCGUCCUCCCAGUCCCCCCCGGGCAGGGUAUGCUGCGGGGCGCUUCAAGUCCACAUGCUUCUAAUACUUGGUCCCAGUGCGGAUGUGCCACUUGUCCCAAUAAUUCCUUCUCUAGUUGUUGCUUUGUUGUUUUUGCAAACAAGAUUGUAUCCAGAGUCA